AUGGAAGCAUUGUCUCUUGGAGGACAGGAACACAUUGUGGAGACUUCUCAUGGCCCGGUAUGUGUUGCCGUUUGUGGAGAUCCAGAUAAACCAGCUCUUAUCACUUAUCCUGAUGUUGCUCUAAAUUAUAUGUUCUGUUUUCAAGGAUUGUUGUUUUGUCCAGAAGCAAGUUCAUUGUUACUCCACAACUUUUGCAUAUAUCACAUCAGUCCUCUUGGCCAUGAGUUGGGAGCUCCAAUGAUUAGUGUUGAUGCUCCUUUGCUCUCCGCUGAUGACUUAGCAGACCAGAUAGUCGAGGUUCUUAAUUUUUUUGGACUUGGGGCAGUAAUGUGUGUGGGAGUCACAGCAGGAGCGUACAUUCUGACCUUAUUUGCUAUGAAGUACAGGCAGAGAGUUUUGGGAUUAAUACUCAUCUCUCCACUGUGCCAAGCGCCUUCUUGGUCAGAAUGGUUAUGCAAUAAGGUUAUGUGUAAUUUCCUUUACUACUAUGGUAUGUGUGGAGUGGUAAAGGAAUUGUUACUAAAACGGUACUUUAGCAAGGAAGUUCGUGGUAAUGCUCAAGUUCCAGAAUCAGAUAUUGUUCAAGAAUGCAGAAGAUUACUUUGCGAGCGGCAGAGUACAAAUGUAUGGAGAUACCUUGAAGCAAUCAACGGGAGAGUGGAUCUUAGCGAAGGGUUAAGGAAAUUGCAAUGCAGAACUUUAAUAUUCAUUGGUGAAAAUUCCGCGUACCACUCCGAGGCAGUACACAUGACCACUAAACUCGACAGACGAUACGGCGCAUUAGUCGAGGUACAGGGAAGUGGUUCGUUGGUGACCGAAGAACAGCCACAGGCGAUGGUAAUACCAAUGGAAUACUUUUUGAUGGGAUAUGGCUUGUAUCGUCCCACACAGAGCGUGAGCCCGAGAAGUCCUUUGAGCCCAACCCGAAUCUCGCCUGAGCUACUCUCACCGGAAAACAUGGGGUUGAAGCUUAAACCCAUUAAGACACGACUCGCCCUAUGA